AUGCCAUUCCAAGGGAAUCACUCCAUGGUGCAAGAGUUCAUCUUGCUCGGUCUCUCCCAAGCCAGGGAGGUCCAAAUCUUCCUUUUCGUCCUCUUCCUUGUCUUCUAUUCUCUGAUCCUUCCAGCAAACAUUUUGGUCAUUGUUACUAUCCAAAGUGACCCACAUUUAAGUGCUCCCAUGUACUUCUUCUUGGCCAACUUGGCUUUCUUGGAUAUCUGCUACUGCUCUGUCACACCCCCAAAGAUGCUGGUGGACUUCUUCUCCACCCGCAAGACUAUUUCCUAUGAGGGUUGUUUGGCCCAGAUCUUCUUCCUCCAUUGGCUAGGCGGUUCUGAAAUUGUUCUUCUCAUUGCCAUGGCCAUUGAUCGCUACAUGGCUAUUUGUCACCCCUUGCGUUAUUCCAGCCUAAUAACUCGAGCUGUGUGCUGUCUUUUGGUCCUGGCUUCUUGGUUUGUUGGGUUUGUGCACUCUAUUAUCCAGAUUGCCCUUCUCAUUCCUCUCCCCUUCUGUGGACCCAAUGAACUGGAUAGCUUCUUCUGUGAUAUCACCCAGAUAGUCAAGCUGGCCUGCACUGACACCUACAUUUUGCAGUACAUUAUGUUCUUCAACAGUGGCCUCUCUAUCGUGAUAUGUUUCAUCCUCCUUCUCAUCUCCUAUGGGGUCCUCUUAGUCAAGGUGAGGACAGGAUCUGGCCAAGGGAAGAGCAAAGCUGCCUCCACAUGCCUCACCCACAUCAUCAUUGUCUUUGUAAUGUUUGGUCCUGCCAUCUACAUCUAUUGUCGACCCUUCCAGGAGUUCCCCCUUGACAAAGUGAUGGCUGUUUUCCAUAUGGUGGUCUUCCCCUUAAUGAAUCCCAUGAUCUACACACUAAGAAACAAGGAAAUCAAACAAGCCAUCAUGAAGCUGCAGGUGCAGUCAUGCCCUUGCAAUAUACCUGUGUUCAUUUGCUAUCUACAGUGA